AUCGGAAUGUUACAGAGAAUCCUUCAAUCCCCGGUCAGUCGAUUGUCGGACAGCGCCUCUGUGAAAGAGGAUUAAAAUGUAUCGAAAAGUUUUGUAUUCGUUGUUGUUGACGUUGACUUUCUAUGGAAUCCCUUCAACCGGACAGAAGAAAAAGGAGACCCUGCUGUCUGAGAAGGUGGGUCAGCUUAUGGACUGGACAGGGAAGAGACCUGUGAUCCGUAUGAACGGGGAGAAGUUCCGUCGCUUUGUGAAGGCUCCUCCCAGGAACUACUCUGUGGUCAUCAUGUUCACCGCCCUGCAGCCACAGAGACAGUGUGGCGUCUGCAAACAGGCUGACGAGGAGUUCCAGAUCCUAGCUAAUUCCUGGCGUUACUCCAGUGCCUUCACCAACAAGGUCUUCUUCGCUACGGUCGACUUUGACGAAGGAUCUGACGUCUUCCAGAUGUUGAAUAUGAACUCGGCUCCCUCCUUCAUCCAUUUCCCUGCUAAAGGGAAGCCUAAGAAGUCCGACUCCUAUGAGCUGCAGGUCAGAGGCUUCGCUGCGGAACAGCUGGCCCGCUGGGUCGGGGACCGCACUGACGUACAGAUCCGUGUGAUCCGUCCUCCUAACUAUGCGGGGCCGUUGAUGCUGGGAUUCCUGCUGGCGGUGAUUGGAGGACUGGCUUACCUCCGCAGGAACAACCUGGAGUUCCUCUACAACAAGAACGUCUGGGCCUUCUCUGCUCUGUGUUUCUGCCUGAUCAUGACUUCAGGUCAGAUGUGGAACCACAUUAGAGGACCUCCCUACGCCCACAAGAACCCCACCACUGGACAAGUGAGCUACAUCCACGGCAGCAGUCAGGCCCAGUUUGUAGCAGAAACUCACAUCGUGCUGCUCUUCAACUCUGCUGUUACCAUGGGGAUGGUGCUGUUGCACGAGGCUGCCACGUCAGAUAUGGACAUUGGCAAGAGGAAAAUCAUGUGUGUUGCAGGGAUCGGUCUGGUGAUGCUCUUCUUCAGUUGGCUGCUGUCCAUCUUUAGAGCUAAAUACCAUGGAUACCCUUACAGUUUCCUGUUGAGUUAGAGCUGGGAGGAAGAAGCCUGGAACUUCCAUAGUGCCUCAGACGCCUCACACGCCACAACAUCACCUCUGGGGUCAUCUCCUCUUCUGUUACUGGAAGUUGUUCACAUUGACGUUCACAAAGUCUUUUUAUUAAUAAAUACUGGACAUGAA